AUGCUCGACAUCAAGACGUCCGCCGACUACCUGUCGCGCACCGCCGCGGGCACCUUCACCAACUUCUCCAUGCUCUUCGCUGCCGACACGACGUACAAGGGAUCAUGGACGACGCAUUCGGCAGCGCAGACUCAAGGUUACGGCAGCAACUCGCUGAGCAGCAUGUCCAAGUCGUCCCUGGACCCGCACUCACAUCUCAGGCAGCCCGACCCGUAUCAGAUGUUCGGGCCUACAAGCAGCCGCCUCGCCAGUUCAGGCUCCGGGCAGAUCCAGCUGUGGCAGUUCCUGCUGGAGCUGCUGUCCGACUCGAGCAACGCCAACUGCAUCACGUGGGAGGGCACCAACGGCGAGUUCAAGCUCACCGACCCGGACGAGGUGGCGCGCCGCUGGGGCGAGCGCAAGAGCAAGCCCAACAUGAACUACGACAAGCUGAGCCGCGCGCUCAGGUACUACUACGACAAGAACAUCAUGACGAAGGUGCACGGGAAGCGGUACGCCUACAAGUUCGACUUCCAGGGCCUGGCGGCGGCGACGCAGCCCGCGACGGCCGACCCCGCGGCCUACAAGUACCAGUCGGACCUGUUCAUGUCCAGCUACCACCACAGCACCAAGCUCAACUUCAUGAGCCCGCACGCCGCCAUACCUUCCUCCUCGGCGAGCAUCUUCCCGUCGCCGGGCUCUUACUGGAGCAACCCGGGCGCCAACCUGUACUCGAACAUCGCGGCGGCGUCGGGCCACACGAUGACGCACCACCCCGGCCACCUGGGCUCGUACCCGCACUACGCAUGA